GCUUUUCCUCGCCAUAUACUUGUGAAAGAAACAAAAAAGAGAGAUAAAAGGGGCAAAAAUUCUGAGAGACAGAGAGAUAUGGGUGAGGUGGCUUAUAUGGACGAAGGAGAUUUAGAAGCAAUAGUCAGAGGUUACUUAGGCUCCGGAGAAGCCUUUUACGGUGAAAGCUCCGGUGGGUUUUUACCUCCGUUUUGCCUUCCUAUUGAGACGGCUAGUUCCUAUGAACCGGAUAUGGAGACAACCGGUUUAGACGAACUUGGUGAACUCUACAAACCUUUUUACCCUUUCUCCACACAAACAAUCCUCACAAGCUCCGUUUCUGUACCCGGAGAUUCAAGAAGUUUACGAGAUGAUAAGAAACAACGAACACAUGGUUGUCUUUUAUCUAACGGAUCAAGAGUUGAUCAUAUCAGAAUCCCAGUAUCCAAAUCGAAGAAGAGCAAGAAGAAUCAACUAAAGAGAGUUGUUGAGCAAGUGAAGGAAGAGAAUUUGUUGUCGGACGCAUGGGCAUGGCGUAAAUACGGGCAGAAACCCAUUAAAGGAUCUCCAUACCCAAGGAGUUAUUACAGGUGCAGCAGCUCAAAGGGGUGUUUGGCAAGAAAACAAGUCGAAAGAAAUCCUCAGAACCCGGAAAAGUUCACCAUAACGUAUACAAAUGAACACAACCAUGAGUUACCAACCCGGAGAAACUCAUUAGCCGGUUCGACUCGAGCCAAAUCUUCUCAAACCAAACCGGCCGUAACCAAAAAAUUCGGAAAGCAUGUGGUUUCUUCUCCCACAAGUAACCCCAUGAUCACAUCCACUGAUGAAUCUUCUGUUGCGGUUCAAGACAUGAGGGUUGUAAAAACGAGUACCUACCAAACAAACGGAGAAACCGAGGGCACGAGUAACACUUUACCAUCGGAUUUGUUGUCUGGGACGGGAAGUUUUCCGACUUGUACCGGUGACUUUGAUGACCUUUUGAAUAGCCAAGAGUUCCUCAAUGGGUACUUAUGGAAUUACUAAAGAACAUUACGUGUAUGUAUAUUCAAACUUAUAUUAUAGUUAUUCUGACGUUAGUACCAA